GAAGCUCUUAAAUGUCAGCUCCCUUAUUAAUUAUGAAUUACUAUUGACAAUUGGGCAUCGUACAACAAUGAUUUUUCGAGGGUGGUUGAUAUGUUUUGAUGAAUUCUAUCUCUAUCAAUAUGGUUAUGGCUGA